AUGUCAGGCGUUCUUGAGCAGUUGCGGGCAGGGCACGAGGAGAUAGAACUGAUAGAAAAAUCCAUCAGCAAGCUCUUAGGCGAUAGACAUAAAAAGCCUGGCAAGCGAUUUGUCGCUGAACGUGCUGCUUUGACGCUUUUGGACGAGGCCUCGGCCACAGCUGAGCGAAUUGGCAAAGGAGAUGACGUUUGGACUAAUUUUUACGAUAAACUGAAGGGCAUUCGAGACUAUUACAAGAGAUUCGAACAUCUAAACGUAGCCCAUGGAAACGUAAAAUUGGUCCAAAAAAUUGUGGAGCAAGCUUAUGCCCAAGUGGACCUGUCUUUAAUAUUCACGGCAAAUGAGAGCGGAGGUAGAACUCUAGAUUUGAAUGAGCAUUACAUUGCCUAUUUGAAUCUUACAGUGCUAAAAAAGGCAAGGGAGGCAAGACAUCAUUCACUCGAGAUUGAUCGCAUACGUCGCAAAGGCAUAACUGAUCCCGAAGUUAUCCAACGAAAGAUAUCACCAUUUGUGGAAAUAGACUAUAUACAAUACUUGAAAACCUAUCACAAAUUCAAUGACAUACCCAGACAUUGUAAAUAUGCUGUUCCGGAAUAUGAGAAAUAUUUGGACAAUUUGUUGAAUUACUUGUAUGACUUUUUCCAGCGUCAGAAUGCGCUAUCGGAUAGUAGAAAAAUUUACGAAAAUUUCGAGCAAAACUUUGAGAUUGCUUGGGAGAACGGCAGUAUAGAGUGGUGGAAACAACCAUCUUACGAUCAUGAGAGAUACCUAAAGCCAUUGGAUAAGAUAUUCAACUCCCAAGGCAUAUACAAAUCUGUGCAAGAGGGCAAAAAAUAUAAAAAACUGGCAGCAGAAUUGGCUGCAAAGUCGUCCGAUGAGAUUGAAAAAUUGAAUGUUAUUAGUAGGGAAAUGGAUAAGAGGAUAGCCAAGAAUGAAUAUCUGAUUACCUCUUUUCACAGCAUUUUAGUGGAUACGGUCCAAAAAACAAUCGAAAUGAUCCAGAGAAGGGAAAGCAGAUCUGCCGAAGAGUUAUCUAAUGACAUUUCCACUGGUACAGAUCAACUGGCUUGUAUUGAAGAAACUAAGGAUAUUGGCAUGGAAGAUGAAGAGGAUGAUGAGGGCCAAGAUACAAUAGUUUACAACCCAUUAAAUUUACCUCUAGGUUGGGACGGAAAACCUAUCCCGUAUUGGCUAUACAAACUACAUGGAUUAGGAAACGAAUACAAGUGUGAGAUUUGUGGAAACUAUUCCUACUGGGGUAGAAGGGCUUUUGAACGCCAUUUCCAAGAGUGGCGUCAUGCCUUUGGCAUGAAGUGCCUCAAGAUACCUAAUACUCUGCACUUUAAGGAGAUAACCAGCAUACAAGAUGCCAUUGUUUUGUACGAAAAAUUAAAAUACACUGCUCAAAUUAAGGGAUUCAAUGCAUCACAAGAUAUUGAGUGUGAGGAUUCUCAGGGGAAUGUUAUGAGUGCAAGGGCCUACCAAGACCUGGCUCGCCAAGGCCUCCUGUAA